AGCUGCCAGCAUCACGAAGGUGGCAAUCACAGAUGGUCCGAGUAAAGUACCUCUGAGAGAAACCUUUGAUUGUGUAAUUGCUGUUGCACUUUCAAGGCGGCCUCUGUUCAGUUUACAGUGUAGGAUGGACGGCAAAGCUGAAGAGAGUGAAGAGGACAAGAAACCCCUGUCGACAGAGUUCUGGAGGUAUGGAGGCAUCUGGAUGUCCGCCUUGGUCUGUGCGUCCUGCUAUUUUUCCUUCAAAACCAAAGAGGUUCCAGAUCACAGCGAAUGGGGAUUCGACGACGGCCUGUACGGGUUGUCUAGGAGAAGAGAUAGGACAGACGGUGAAUGGUACCGAAGUGAAGAAGCAUUUUCUCAGUGGUUAACCUGGUUUGUCGUCCAUCCAGUGGUUUGUCAAAUAUUGCUACGGUAUUGUCGACAGGCACUUCCAUUCUUCUACACAGUCUACACGUCCGUCUUCAUGUUCGUUAUGUUAGGCUGGGUCCCUCUAGCCAUGUACUACACCGUCUACAUGACCAUGUACCUAGCCGCCAUGUCUGGAGCCCGGGUAAUGUGCUACCUGCUCCUCGCCUUUUUCAUGGCGGCCAUGCAACUUGACUGGAUACCGAAGAGCAUUCUGCAAGCCGUAUACGCCGAGGGACACAUUGCGGGUUCCAUGGCAUACGUUGGACUUGCAUGGACUGUUGCUCGAUGUCUGAGCUUUGCUGUUGACACUAUAGAGCGAGGAGGUCGACCUCCUCUCUGGAACAGUCUGGCCUAUGUCUUCUACUGGCCUUGCAUAUUCAUCGGACCUCUCACAAAUUACGUCAGCUUCGAAAAGGAGCUACAACGUCCACCAACACUGUGGAAUUUCUCCGACAAGACGUUGCGGAUCUUCCUCGACUUGGGGCGCUGCUUCCUGUGCUACUUCUUGUACAACGUCUUCACUCACUACUUUUACGUAGGUGUACUGCGGUGGAUGCCUGAAGUUGUAUCAGCGAUGGACGGCUGGAGUGCUGCUGGGUACUCGUUCACGACGAUAUUUAUGUUUUAUCUAAAGUACCGAGUGCUGUAUGGAAUGGCGGUGUCACUGGCUGCUCUGGAAGGGAUCAAUCUUCCUCCGCCUCCUAAGUGUAUAUGCCACGUUAGUCUGUGUUCCCACCUCUGGAAGUACUUUGACAGGGGUCUCCAUCUGUGGCUUGUAAGGUACAUCUACAAGCCCGUUCUCGGCGACGGAUGGCGGUCUGUCCGUGCUGCUGUAGGUGCUGCAGGAAGUUUCUUCUUUAUUUGGGUGUGGCACGGGAUGGAACCAUCCAUCACCAUAUGGUGCGGUCUUAACUUUGCUGGCAUACUGGCAGAGCAAAUAGUCUCGCAGUUCUUGGUUACAGGACUCGGGGCAAGGUUUAUGGCAACCUACUCUCGGCAGAUACGACCAAUACACGCCUCCUUAUCUGCUGCGUCUGUCAUACUAUCAGCCACGUCCUGUAUGUUUUUCCUGGCGGGGGAUACCAUAGGUUUUACGGUCACAAAGAAACUUCUGCUUGGGUUCCCUCUGCCGGUGGUUCCACUCUUCUUGGCAUUUUACUGCAACGGCUACGCUGCUUUGGAACUCCGAGAUUGGGAGAAGUCAACUAUCAAAGAUGCCAAAGAUAAAAGACAUAAAGAAUAAAUAGUAGAUAGUGAAAACGAAGUCACUGCAGAUUUGUUAGGAACGGCACCAUAGCCGUAUUAGUGAGAUACGACCUAGCUUCUCUGACAAUGGUACAAAUAUUGCUAUGAACAGCGCUGUUUGUCGACAUCGCUCCAGGGCCUCCGUCUGGGUAGUCCAGGCUCACCCGAUCUCGCUCUACACAAAUGGCACCAACUCUACGUGAUUGGCUGUUGUGUGGUGUAUCCAAAAAUAUUUUUUUUCAUCGCCCCUUGUCAGUUU